CUCGAGACUUACCUACUUGGGUCGCUCCUUCACCGCCGUUAUGAGCUACAUUUCGGCCGAUUCGCCCAAGAUGGGCGAGGCAGAGCACUACAAUGCGUUGGUACAGGAGACGUCCAAAGCCGUGGGCCAGUUCAACCAGGUCACGCGCAACAUCGCGCAGAAGAUGACGCUGUUCGGCACGCCACAGGACUCGCGCGCCAACCACCAGCAGCUCACUGAGCUCACGGACCGCGGCAACAAGCUCGUAGCCAAAAUUAAUCGCAGAUUGCACGAGCUAGACAAGGGAGCGAAGGCUGCAGGUGGACGCGCGCGCAGGACGCAGGUGGCUAAACUAUCCGCCGACUAUAAGAACCAGCUCAAGAGCUUUGAGGAGACGUGUCAGCAGCUACUGGCCGCGGAGCGGGCCGCAGUGUUUAACCUCCGCCAGUCGUCGCUUUCGUUCCGCUCGGAUGACGACCAGAAGCCUGCGGGUUUUGACGGAUACAACGAAGACCAGAUCUACGCGCAGGCCAAUGUGACCAGCUAUAAUGAAGACGAGGAGGAUAUUCUAAAGAUCAAUCAGCAACUGCAUGAAGUAAACGCGGCGUACCAGGAGGUUGAUGGACUGGUGCAGGACCAGGGCGAGAUUGUUGGUGCGUCGUCACCUUAG